AUGGUGGUUGAUAUUGCUCUUCAGCAACAACUACCUGAAAUUUUUAAUACUAAUCAUAGUCAUCAUCAUUCAUCAUCAUCAUCAUCAUCACCGUCAUCAUCAUCUUCAUCAUCUACAUAUAAACGAAAUACUACAUCAAGUAAUAAUACAAUGACAAAUGGUCAUCGUCUUAUGUCUAAUGAACUUGGAAAAAAAGCGGAACAAAUUCUUGGACAUGCAACAUCUGUUGUAGAUUAUCGUAGACAACAAAGUAUGGAUCUAUGUAUUUCACAUCCACUUCGAUUAAAUAUUGAUAAUUCAAAAUCACGAGCUACUAAUCAACAAAUUCCUCCAGUAUCAAUUUCAAAUCGUUCGAAUAUUUCUAAGAACAGACAUAUGGAAGCAGUUGAACAACUUGAACCACUUAUUCUUAAAUUGGUUGCACCAUUGUCAUUUACGAAAUUACCUGAAAUAAUUUCUAGACAUUCAAAACAUGUUGAUCAUAUAAAUGAAAGUCAUCAAGCCGUUCUUGCAUUACCUCAUGAAACUAAUAUAAAUCUUAGUGAGGAUGAGAAUGAAGAAGAAGAAGAAGAAGAAGACGACGACGAAGAAGAACAAGAAGAAGAAGAAGAUGUUAAUGAUGAUGAAGAUCAUAAAAUACCAAAUGAGAAUCCAAUUAAAAUCCAACAUUCCGACAGUGAUAAUGACGAUAAUGAUGAUACCGCAUCUACCCAUAGUAAUACGGAGAAUGAUGAUGAAUCAAAUCGAACGAAUCCAAAUACAUUCUCAUUAUCAGAUUUUAUAUCUGGAACACAUUCACCAAUAGAAACAACAACGACGACGACGACGACGACGACUAAUAUUCGAAAAAGAAGUUUAUCACCACCAACACCUGUCGAACAAAUAAAACCAAAUAAAUAUAAAGAAGAAUUAAUUACAUCAUUUUCAUUAUCUGUAAAUAUUCCAAUGGAUAUGAAACAACCUAAACUUCCUAUCGCCAUUCCUACAUAUUUAUUUUAUGAUCAAUCUAUCAAAACAGAAAACAAUCAAAAACCUGAAAAAUCACAAAGAAUAUCAAAACGAGAUAUUAAUGGGUCAAUCAAACAAGAAACAAAUAUCGAUAUGAUUGAUAAUUUAACUACAGUAAAUAGUACACAACAAAAGAAAAGUAAAACUAGUCAUGUAUACAAACAAGAGCCAGCUAUUGUUUCGACAUUAACACAUAUUAAAGAAGAACCUAAUACUAUGUCAAAUAUAAAACCAUCAAACGAAAUAUCAUUUGCUGGAAAUAUGGCAACUAUUGCACCUAUGAUAGGACAACCGAAAAAAGAAAAGCCAACAGCAAAUGUUAAACCACUUUUACAAACUGCAUUAGUUGAUAAUUCUUCAUCUACAACAAAUAAUUCAAAUGUUGUUAAUCCACCUGAUCGUUUAUUAACAACAGCAAGUACUUCAGCAAAAACAAAUUAUGCAAAUUUAAGAACGAUGUCAACGAAAGAAUUAAAUUCUUUAGCUCGAGAAAAAAAGAAACAAGCUGAUAGUGAAAAACGAACAUUUGAUGAUGUUAAAAAAUCUAUGUCAUUAUAUCUUGAAUCUGUUUGUUAUUUUAUUCAAUGUGCUAAUGGUGAACCUAUAUUAGAACAACGUAGAACAUUAUUAACAGCAACAUUGGCAAUGCUUCAACAUUUAGCAAUUAAUUAUCAAAAAGUGUUUCAAAUAUCGAUACUUCAAUCAACUGAAAUAUUAAAUCAUCUUCGGCCAAAAUUUCAUUUAAUCAAUUAUUGGUUACAAUCAUAUAUAUAUCAAUUACAAUAUAAUACAAAUUUUCCAUCAAUUGAACGAUGUGCGACUCAAGUUAAUGAUUAUUUGAAUCAUACAAAAUCUCCUGAAGAUAUUAAUCCUAAUGUUUUACAUGAUUUUUCAAAAUAUAUGAUAAAUUCUUAUUAUUCAACAUAUUAUUGGAAUAAGGCUGAACGUUUAACACGUGAUGAGCCAUCAAAAAAAUUUCUUGAACAGUUAAUAAGACAAAAUCAAAAUCGACGUUUAACGCGUGAUGAUACAACAUUUGAUUUUCUAUUGUAUAUUUUUGAUGCGAUUGAUUUAUUACGUUUAACUGUUAUUUAG